AUGGAGAGUGAGUAUGGUGAUAUACCGUUACACUGUGAAGUAAGAUGGCCGAGUGCAGGGAAUUGUUCGAAAUCUUUUUUUGCAUUGAGAAGUGAAGUUUUUGAUUUUCUUAAAUCUAAAAAUAUUGGACAACAGUUUUAUGAAGACUUAAAAAAACUAAUUACGGAAUUUAAUUCACGAUUUAAAGAUUUUUAUAUAUUGAAACCUAAAUUUGAAUUAUUUAGUAGCAACCCAAUGACAGUUGAUAUCUCAGUACAACCUCCCGAUUUUCAAAUAGAGUUAUGUGAUUUACAAGCAGACUGUUUUCUUCAAUCAAAAGUAAAUUUGCCUCCUGAAGAAUUUUGGAAACUGUGUUCGCAAGAAAAAUACCCAACAUUACGGAAUUUUUCUCUUGAAAUGUUGUCAUUAUUUGGCAGUAUAUAUAUUUGUGAAUCGGCAUUUUCUACAAUGAAUUUAAUCAAGUCUAAAUCAAGAAACCGUCAUCAAUCAAUUCUGAAAACUUAA